AUGGCAUUCGCAUGGCUCUCCUCACCAAUUAUGAAACGCAAAUGGAAAUAUCCUAGAGUUAUCAUCUGGCUCAAUGUAAUCGAACUUGCCGGUACCAUCGCAGCACUCGUCAUGUUCGGUAUCGCGGAUCCGGAUUUGUAUCGGACGAAUUUAUGGCAAAUUGGUUAUGAUAAUGGGUUUAAUAGUAGUCCGGCUGAGAUUCUAUAUGCUUACGCGAAUUAUCGACCAAUACCAAAGAUUGCUUUUGUUUGGAGUCAGACAUUGCAAAAUUUCAAUGUCGGAAUUUCCGUUCUUUCUAUGUUCAUACAACUUUGCAAAGUCGUCAUGUUUAUUAUGCAUGUUUGGUGGCCUCUUCUCUCGACCAUUAUCAAUGGACUUCUUACUAUCUGUUGGAUUGUCAGUAUAUACGGACAAGCCGGACCAGAUCAUACUGAUCCAAAACAUCCAAGUAAUGUAGCUUGGUAUAUUGCAAAGAGUUGUUCAUAUGCCCGACCAUCUGGGAAUGAGCAUUAUUGUCACUUGGCUAAAGGAACUUUUGCCGUUACAGUUUUUAUGAUGAUCAUCUACUUAGCCAACACAAUCCUCGGUAUUGAUUCUCUAAUCCCUUCACGCUUGGAACGAUCAAUCAAUGCCCUCGAUCUAGAAGAUAACCUUGUCUCGACAAACAAAGCUGGAAAGAGAGUAAAGACGACGGAUUCUCCAGAACCGGAAACACCUUGGGAAAUGCAAGAUAUGUCACAAAGUGCAGAUCUCUUGAAACAACCUUUUACCCCGAGAACAAUGGCUUUUAAAUCUUUGGAUAGACAAUUACCAUUAAGGGCUACCUCGGCUCCGAGAUAUGCAUAA